AUGAGUGGAAUGAAGGGCAACGCGCCCUCGCGCGCCCUUGGCGACGACAGCGAUGUCGAGGAGGAGGCCCUCGUUGCCGACUACCGGGAGCAGGUCCAGUAUGAGGACGGCAUGGAGGACCUCGAGCGCGUCGACUCUCUCACCAUGGCUCAGCAGACCGACGACAUCCAGUCCAGACUCGUUGCGGCCGCGCAGCCCCUCGAUUUCUCUGCCCCUCUCGAAGUCAAGUUCCAGAGCUACGACUCGUACUGCAACCUGUUCCACUUCAUCCUCAACUCUGAAGGCCCUGUCGACCUUGAGCCCCCUUCGCACUACUGGGCUUGGGAUGUCAUCGACGAGUUCAUCUACCAAUUCAACUCCUUCUGCUCGUACAGAUUGAGACUUGCCAGGCAAACAAAGGACAAUGAGGAGGAGAGGCAGAUCCUGCGCGAGAACCCCAACACAUGGGGCUGCUACAGUGUCCUCAACGUCCUGUACUCCCUGAUCCAGAGAUCGCAGAUCAGCGAGCAGCUCGGUGCCAUGAAGCGCAACGAGGACCCCACUGCCGUCGCUGGCGAGUACGGCAACAAGACCUUGUACCGCAUGCUUGGAUACUUCUCCAUCAUCGGUCUACUCCGGGUGCACUGCCUGCUGGGUGAUUUCAGCUUGGCGCUCAAGACUCUUGACGACAUCGAGCUUAACAAGAAGGCCAUGUUCGCCCGUGUCAUGGCUGCCCACUUCACGACCUACUACUACGUUGGUUUCUCCUACAUGAUGAUGCACCGCUACGCCGAUGCGAUCCGCAUGUUCAGCCACAUCCUGGUUUAUGUUUCGCGGACAAAGAACUUCCAGAAGAACGCCCAGUACGACUCGAUCACCAAGAAGAACGACCAGAUGUACGCGCUCAUCGCCAUCUGCGUGGCCUUCCACCCCACCCGUCUCGACGACACCAUCCACACUGCCCUGCGGGAGAAGUAUGGCGACCAGCUGCUUAAGCUGCAGCGUGGCGGCCCCGAGUCGCUCCCCAUCUUCGAGGAGCUCUUCCGUGCUGCUUGCCCCAAGUUCAUCUCCCCUGUGCCCCCGGACUUUGAGAACCCGGAGAGCAACGUCGACCCCCUUGAGCACCACCUCUCUGUCUUCAUGGACGAGGUGAAGACCAACAUGUGGAGCCCUACAGUCAAGUCCUACUUGCGCCUCUACACGACCAUGGACCUUAAGAAGCUCGCCGGCUUCCUUGAGGUUCAGCCCGAGGAGCUGCGUUCUUACCUCCUGGUUAACAAGCAGCGGACCAAGCAGUUGCGGUGGGCUGACCAGGGUCUUCUGGACGGCGAGUGGGUCAACGUCAGCGACCUCGACUAUGCCCUGCAAGGAGACCUCAUCCACAUCUCCGAGGCCAAGGUUGGCCGCAAGCUCGUUGACUGGUAUCUGCGCAACCUGUCGCGGACUUACAACUAA